AUGGCAUUCAGGCACCCAAGAUCACUCGCACUGGUUGCCGCUGUCCGGCGGUGUCCUCGAAACGUCGCCGGCGUGAGGACAUUCUCGGUUGCAUCGUGCAAUCGCGCAGCUGCCAUCAUCUCGGGCGAGCCUUCCUGGCCGAAGCUCGUGACAUCCUCACUCCCAGGACCCAAAGUAAAGGAUGUUCUUGCAGAGUUGGAGGAAGUCUUCGAUACGAGAAGUGCAAACACCUUGGUCGACUACGAGAAGUCGACCGGCAACUAUUUCGUUGAUGCCGAUGGAAACACGUUCUUGGACGUAACUCAACCGCGCCUCUAUAAGCCCAGCCAUGGUCCGCGCCAUCGCCAGCCGGCUGGCUCUCGGGAGCUUCCCUUCAACAGACUACGCCGACCUCCUCAAGACCGGCAUCCUGAAAGCCGCCCCGAAAGGCCUGACCAGGUCUUCACAGCAACCACCGGAUCGGACGCAAACGAGACGGCAUACAAGGCAGCCUGUAUCUGGAAGGGGACCUGCGACCGGGGUGGCAGAGACUUCAGUGCUGCUGAGCUGGAGUCUGUCAUGCUCAACCAGGCGCCAGGCGCGAAGAAGUAUUCGAUGAUGUCGUUUUCAAAGGGGUUCCACGGCCGUCUUUUCGGUAGUCUGUCUACGACGAGGAGUAAGCCGAUUCAUAAGCUCGAUGUGCCAGCUUUUGACUGGCCUGUCGCACCGUUCCCGCAGCUGAAGUACCCUCUCGACCAAUUCGCGUCCGAGAAUGCUGCUGAGGAGAAGAGGUGCCUUGAAGAAACGGAGCGUGUACUGGACGAGGCCAACGAUACCGUUGCCGCAGUGGUGAUCGAGCCUGUACAGGCCGAGGGCGGCGACAACCACGCGUCCCCCGCCUUCUUCCGUGUUGGAGCCACAGGCAAAUUCUGGGCCAACGAGCAUUGGGACCUCCCGUCUCCGCCAGACAUGGUCACUUUCUCGAAAAAGGCACAGGCGGCAGGUUUCUAUUUUGGCGACGCCGGCCUACGACCCGACAAGCCCUACCGGCAGUUGAAUACUUGGAUGGGUGAUCCCGUACGUGCGCUGCUGUUCAAGGCGAUUUACGGAGAGAUUGAGAAGCACGGAUUGGUUGAGCAUACGGCGCGGGUCGGCGGGUAUCUGUACGGGGAGCUGGAGGCGCUGGCGGGUAAGUACCCGCAACAUGUGUUGAACCUUCGUGGUAAGGAUCGCGGGACGUUUAUUGCGUGGGAUUGUCCGCGGAGGGAAGAGGUCUUAGCCCUGGCUAAGUCAAAUGGAGUGAAUAUGGGCGGUAGCGGUGAUGCAGCUAUCCGAUUGCGGCCGAUGUUGGUGUUUGAGAAGCAUCAUGCCGAUAUUUUCCUCGAAGUACUGGAAGGGGUAUUCAGGCGGCUAUCAUAG